CUUCCGGUGACGGGAGGAUACUGCUUGCAAGCACCCAUGGCCUGGUACCGGAAGCUGGUGAGCAUUCCCCUUAAGGUUCAGAGGUUCCACACAGCCGCGUGUCACUACAAGAGCAAGACUGGCGCCGAGCACCAGUGGCUGACGCGGCACCUAAAGGACCCGUUUGUGAAGGCUGCAAAGGUGGAGAGUUACCGCUGCCGCAGCGCCUUCAAACUCCUGGAGAUGAACCGGAAGCAUCGCAUCCUGCGCCCUGGUCUCCGGGUGCUGGACUGCGGUGCCGCUCCAGGAGCCUGGAGUCAGGUGGCAGUGCAGGAAGUCAACGCCACAGGCGCAGACCCCAGCUCUCCUGUGGGUUUCGUGCUUGGGGUCGAUCUUCUGCAUAUAUUCGCUUUGGAAGGAGCAACGUUUCUAUGCCCUGCUGAUGUGACUGACCCCAGAACUUUGCAGAGAAUUUUAGAACUACUUCCCAGAAGGAGAGCGGACGUGAUUCUGAGUGACAUGGCACCCAACGCCAGUGGAAUCCGAGACCUUGAUCACGACAGGCUCAUCAGCUUGUGCCUUACCCUUGUGGCCUAUGCUGUAGAUAUCCUACAUCCCGGGGGCACGCUGCUGUGCAAAACCUGGGCCGGAAGUAAAAGCCACCUGCUACAAAAGAGACUGACCCAAGAAUUCCAGAACACAAGGGUCGUGAAACCCGAGGCCAGCAGGAAGGAGUCCUCAGAGGUGUACCUCUUAGCCACACAGUACCGUGCAAGGAAGGGCUCUGCAUAGCAGUGAGUCUGCCCUGCCCAUC